GGGAAGAAAAGGAAUAUUUGCAGAGCGGCGAAGAAAUGAGCAACUUCUUCUGAAGGUUUCAUAUGACGACUUCAGCGCCCUCCUGGGUUGAUUCUGGACUAAGAAAGCCGGCACAUAUCUGUCUUCUCCGGGUUGGCUCUAAUAACAUCUGGAUCCCAAGGGCAUUGGUGCACAGCGGAGCCCCCAGGAGCUCCGCAGCCUACCACCAGGGGCAAAUCCCUUUAGAUCAGGGCAUUUUCCCAUCUUCCUCUGACUUUUUGCCUAUCGGCUGAUUUGGGUUCAUGGAGCUCAGGUUGUGGUUCCUCUUCGGACUUACAGUAACCUCCACCGCAGGAUUUUUGCCUCCGACAGUUCCUCGACUGGAGCCAGGAGCAGCUGGAGGGGGCGGGGGCCCCAGGGUUCCCGCAGCCCGGGAAAGAAAUGGAGAAGAGAACGAAGCAGUGGCAACGGUCAGGGAGCUGAGCCAGACUGGGGCCGGGCAGGGGAAGGCCUCCAGUCAGCCCAGGUAUCCCAAGCAGACAUCCAUGGGAGCAGGAGGGAAUCCUGCCCGCAAGAGAGAAAAGCGCUGCACUUGCUACACUUACAAGGACAAAGAGUGUGUGUACUAUUGCCACCUGGACAUCAUCUGGAUCAAUACGCCAGAACGGACUGUACCUUAUGGGCUCUCCAAUUACAGAGGCAGCUUCCGGGGCAAGAGAUCUGCAGAUCCCAUAAGCAGGAGCUCACCACCAUUUAAGGGGCCACCGAACCGAUGUUUUUGCACAGAACAAAAUGAUGAUGCCUGCAUUCAUUUUUGCACCAGAACUGAGGACAACAGAAGUAAUUCCAGGACAGUAGAAAAACAUCAAGACAAAGACAUGGAAGAGUCUCCUGAAACGUGGCCCUGAUAGCACAAAUAUUGCAUGAACAGAGAUUAGUUGAAGACAUUAACAAAAAAGAAACAAGAAGACUCUGUAUCUGCAAUAAGAGAAACAAAUGAAUGCUUCAGAAGCCAUCAGAUUUCACCAUGUGGUAUCCCUGCAUUCAUGCUAUUCCAAAAAGAAGGGAAAGUUGCUGAAGAAUUUUGCAUUCUGUGAUACCUUAUUCUCCAACUAUUCCAACCACUGGGACAUGUAGGAUUCAUAUUUCCAUUCUUCUCAGCCAAAGGAUGUUUCACUCAGAAAACUAGCCAGUUUCCUCAUCAAAAUGACAUGCCCCAAUCCAAAAAGUAGCAAAAUAAAAUUAGACAAGUUUCUCAAAUGGAUAAAAUACUCCAAGAUGUGCUUGGAAGGGCACGGAAUUCAACAACUCUGAUUUCAGGCAGGAAGUUGCAUUCGGAGUACAGCAAGUUAGAAAGACACUCACUUGCAUCUGUAUACAGAUUUACAUUCUAAAUAGGUAGAUAGCAAAUUAUUUACAAAUGUAAAGAAAUGUCCUUACUAUAAUAAAUGCCAAAUAUUUAUGCAGAAGAAUCACAGCUAAUAACUUGUAUCUGAAAAUAUAGCAGGCCAGCAUCCUAUGGAGUUAACCAUUUUAGUAAGUUAUCCACAUUAGACACAAAUCAGAUCUACCCUGGUGGUUGAUUCUGAAGCUCACAGUACUUAAUGUAAAGAAAUUUGGAAAUUACAGUGUUGCUCAUCAAAAGAAUGUAUCUUACGGAUGAAGUUGCAUUUUGGGGGACAUUAACACUAUUAAAUUAACAUAUACAAUCUUUCAGCUAUGCUAAGCUCACAUGCAGCUCAUUCAUAUUUAACUGGCCUUUCCAUUUUCAUCUUUGUCAGUAUAAAGGUGGCCCAUUGGAAGAUUAAUUUAAAUUCCCAGCAUGAGUUGUUCUUGGAAAAAUGAAAGGGGGUGGGUGGGAGAGUGCUGGCCCAUGAUGUUCAAGUUCAUUUCUUUUUAAGGAUCUUCUGGGGAUGACUUCAAAAUGAGCUUCCCUACCCUAUCCUACCCCAUUUUUGUAAAUUAUGUAAAUUCAUAUUUAACUAUAUAAUUGAAAAAACCCCAACAACUUGGAAAUGUAACUUGUGGUUUUGUCUGUUCUGUUCCCUCUGGACCUCACUGUAAGCUGCUUUCACUACAAGUAUCUUAAAAUGUAACUUUUACUCUAUGUGAAGAUGUUUGGUGGAGAAGAUUGAACCCCUACUACGUAGUACUGACUUUGGAGCUGGUGUUGAAGUAGUUUAGAAUGGAGCAUUUUUAAUGCAUUGAGCAAAGGAGGGUAGGUCUUGACUAAAAUGUUAUAUUCUAUAUGAAUAUUAUGUAAGUUAUUAUAGUUGUAAAAGUAAAUAUCUUUAUCACAAGUAAAUGGUAAGUUUCUGAUUUCAUAGCAGAUUUUGUACAUUUUAGAAAAGCAGAUUAUUUAUUGUGAAAACUAUUUACAGCAACUAUUUCUUUGGGUGGGUUUUUUAAAAAGUCACUGUAUAUAGAUACAUAUAUAUAUAUUUUAAAAGAAUGUGUUUUGAAUAAAAAAAACCUGGUAGAUCACAAAUUAUUUUUAAAAUGCAUAUGUGCCAUUUGGCUAUAUGCUGUCUUUGGAAGAAAUUCUCAGCACUAUCAACACUUGGAACAUGGGAGCAGUCAAAUGCACAAUAAACUCUCCAAACAUUAUCCUGCUAUUUUGAUCAUUAUAAGUUAACAUGUAACUGUUCAUAUAUUUCACUCCAGAGAGGAAGUGGCAAGGCAACAUUUCUGAUUAAGACCCAACUGCAGACCAAGUUAAGGGAUUGUUUGGAUAGUGGAGAAGUCGAGGAUUGUGACUAUCAGAGGAAAAGGCAUAAACAACUAAAGCAUGUUAAGAAUUAAGUUUGAAAAGGGAUUCUGCAGGGGGCACCUCUUCCUUGUGAUACUGUAUAUCAUUCUUUAUAACCAGGUAAAAUAUCUUUCUCCUGGAUCAUAGUCAAAUAGAUCGUAGGAUUACAGUUAAAAGAGGCCACAAAGAUCAUCAUAUAUAGCCCCAUAGUAUAUCUUAAGAACCAUAUCAGGAGGCACAGCUUCUGCUAGUAAUUACUUUAAUUAACUAUACAGUUAUCCCUUCUAGAUUGCAGAGAUUAUGAGUCCUCAUUAUCUGGAAAAUCUUUCUUAAAUUUUUUGGCCCUUGCUUUGUACUACAGAAGUCUGAA